AUGAUGCCUUUGAAACCAGGGGCAGUGAAUUCUGGCACCGGGGCGGGGGAGCUUGUCCAAUGGGCCAGUGAACAUGGGAUGGACUUUGUGGGAGAGAUAGGGAUUCCGACUCAUGCAGCAGGUCAUGUGAUUGAUCUCACCUUCUCCAAUGUAGCCUUUGCUUCCACUACAGUGCGUCAAGAUCUACACUGCGGCUCAGAUCACCAGUCUAUGAUCACUAUGCUGCCAACAACACCUCAAACACAGCUGAGUGAUGCUCGGAUCAAGAUCACAGACUCUCAGCUGGAGCCCUUUGCAGAUCUUGUCAGAGGUCUCAUGGUGGACAUGCCUUGCCCAGAGGGGGUUGGAAAUGUGGCACAGCUUGAUGAUCUGGCCCAGCACUUCACUCAGAGUCUUCUGGCUGCAGCUCAGGCAGUCAGUAAGCCAGCUCAACAAGGGCGGACCACAGCCCCCUGGUGGACAGCAGACUGCCGAAGAGCGCACCGAGAGCUCACCACUCACCAGACAGAGGCCGGGAAGCACCAGUUCAAGGAUGCAGUGCGCAAGACCAAGCGUGCAUACUGGAGGCAGGUGAUCAAUGAGCCAGAGAUGGUCAUAGAAGAGACAGCCGCCAAAGCUGAGGCACUUCAACAAGCAAUUCUGAAGCGAUACAACUCAGCUGAUGAUCUGGAGUAUGACCCACUGGAUGAUGAGCACUGGAGCGGCAUGGGGAACCUGCCCUGGAACCCCCGGGUUGGGAUGGAGGAGGUGGAGCGCAACACCAUUGGGGUACAGAGCACCUCCCCAGGCACGGAUGGAAUCACAGUGCGGAUGCUCAAAGCAUGCUGGCAGCAUGUGUCCCUCUUUAUACAGCAGCUAUACAACUGCUGCCUCCGGCUCUGCCACUUCCCACGAGCCUGGAAACUGGCAGAGGUGGCAAUGAUACCCAAGUCAGCCCACAGCAUGGGGGGGCGCUGCCCAGACGAUCUGCAAUGGACCUGGUAG